GUAGGAGUCUACGAGACUACCAUUGACGACGGAGGAGAGAGCAUUUCCCGACAGAGAAUAUUUCCCUUCAAACUCAACUACUCCCUUCAGCUCUUUCUCUUGCCAUUGCACGUUCUACUUCUUCUUCUACUGCCUCGACGAAAGCUCGAGCCGCUGAAUCUUUAAAAGCAAUCUUAGGAAUCCAAUAAUGUCUAACUUUUCCAAUCAGAUCAGAGCGUCUUCCGCCCUGAUCACUCGCUUAAAACGUCUGAGAGAAUUUCAAUUUUGUAGUAGUCCCGUGCUUAUGCGCUCCCGAUCCUACACUACAACCGAGGGCCACCGUCCUACCAUCGUCCACAAGCGCAGCCUCGACAUUCUCCAUGAUCCAUGGUUCAAUAAGGGAACGGCUUUUUCCUUUACCGAACGGGAUCGUCUUGAUCUUCGAGGACUUCUACCUCCAAAUGUUAUGUGUACUGAGCAGCAAAUUGAACGCUUCAUUGUUGACCUGAAAAGGCUUGAAGUAAAUGCAAGAGAUGGACCAUCUGAGCCAAAUGCACUGGCCAAAUGGCGGAUACUUAACCGUCUGCAUGAUAGAAAUGAGACUAUGUACUACAAGGUUUUAAUUGCCAAUAUUGAGGAAUAUGCUCCUAUAGUUUAUACUCCAACUGUAGGUCAAGUUUGCCAGAAUUACAGUGGUUUAUUUCGAAGGCCAAGGGGAAUGUAUUUCAGCGCAGCGGAUCGUGGAGAAAUGAUGUCUAUGGUUUAUAACUGGCCAGCCGACCAGGUUGAUAUGAUUGUUGUCACAGAUGGAAGCAGAAUACUGGGUCUUGGAGACCUUGGGGUUCAGGGAAUUGGAAUUGCAAUUGGGAAGCUGGAUCUAUAUGUUGCUGCUGCAGGGAUAAACCCUCAAAGGGUACUUCCUGUGAUGAUUGAUGUUGGAACUAAUAAUGAGAAGCUGCUAAAAGACUCCUUGUAUUUGGGUCUUCAACAACAUCGUCUUGAUGGUGAUGAGUAUAUUGCUGUCAUCGAUGAAUUCAUGAAUGCAGUUUUUACUCGUUGGCCGAAUGUGAUUGUGCAGUUUGAAGAUUUUCAAAGCAAGUGGGCCUUUAAGCUGUUGCAGCGUUAUAGAUGUACCUACAGAAUGUUUAAUGAUGACGUCCAGGGAACAGCAGGAGUUGCAAUUGCUGGACUUUUAGGAGCUGUUAGAGCACAGGGAAAGCCAAUGAUAGACUUUCCAAAGCAAAAGAUUGUUGUUGCUGGUGCUGGAAGUGCAGGGAUAGGGGUUCUUAACUCUGCAUGGAAAACAAUGGCAAGGAUGUUAGGAAAUAAUGAAUCUGCUUUUCAGAGUGCUCUGAGUCAAUUCUGGGUAGUUGAUGCCAAGGGCCUGAUCACAGAGGAGCGUGAAUAUAUUGAUCCGGAUGCACUUCCAUUUGCAAGGAGGGUCAAAGAAGUUAACCGCCAGGGCUUAAGAGAAGGCGCAAGUCUUGUCGAAGUGGUUCGGGAAGUGAAGCCUGAUGUGCUUCUUGGAUUAUCUGCAGUUGGGGGCUUGUUCUCAAAAGAGGUAUUAGAGGCCCUUAGAGGUUCAACAUCGACAAGACCAGCCAUCUUUGCAAUGUCAAACCCAACAAAAAAUGCUGAAUGCACCCCUGAAGAAGCAUUUUCCAUUGUGGGCGACAAUAUUAUAUUUGCAAGUGGAAGCCCCUUCAAAGAUGUGGAUCUUGGAAAUGGUCAUAUAGGCCACUGCAACCAGGGAAACAACAUGUACCUCUUUCCAGGCAUCGGACUCGGUACUCUUCUAUCUGGCUCCAGGAUAAUUUCCGAUGGCAUGUUACAAGCUGCAGCAGAAUGCCUAGCUGCAUAUAUGACUGAAGAGGAGGUUCUCAAUGGGAUUAUAUACCCUUCAAUAUCUAGCAUAAGGGAUAUUACAAAGGAGGUAGCUGCAGCUGUGGUAAAGGAAGCUAUAGAAGAAGAUCUAGCAGAAGGAUACCGUGAAAUGGAUGCCCGAGAACUGCAGAAACUUAGUCAGGAAGAGAUUGUAGAUUUUGUGAAGAAUAACAUGUGGAGUCCACAUUACCCGACAUUGGUUUACAAGAACGAUUAAACCCCCGCCGCAUCCCCCGUUACCAUGAUGCGAGAACAGAAUAACAUAUUUGCAGGGAUUAUUUUGGAGCUAAGCUUGAAUGCAAAUAUCAAUAUGCUCUUUAUCUAUGUGGUAUGUAUGUGCAAGUAGGAUUUCAAUAGCUUUGUCAAAAGCAAAAAUGAGCCAAAUUUUCCAAUUGAAUACUUGGUAAAAAUCUCCACAACUUAGUUUCUUCAAAUAAAUUAUAAGAGUAUACCGAUUCAGAAGAAGAUGCUCUAAGUCUCAAUUUUCAUUUGAGGUGGAUAUAGUAUUCAUGCAAAAUAAUAGUGCAUUUGUUACUAAUUGAUUACUUAGUAGUUUGUACUCAGAAAUUCUGCAUUUAUCAGAUAGGGAAUUUUAAGGGAAAAAGAAGAAGAUAAUUUCCCUGUUAUGUAACAUGUAGGCCCAAUGAACCGUAAUGGGUUGGGAUGGAUUUAAUAAUAAUAAUAAGUAAUUUCUCCCA